AUGUCCGGGGCCACAUCCGGCUUCCGCAAGAUGAUUGUCGGGCACGAUUGCAGCGCGAGCCAACUGGCAGAGCCCCGCCGCGGCGAUACGUGGGGCAACUCUCUUUGGGUAGGCUACCUCUGGAAAGGUAUCAAGUAUUUCGACAACUUGGACGACACGGUCUGCUGGCUGGACAAUGCCUUUUCCACAUCUUGGCUUGCCCGUUGA